AUUAACAAAAGAAGAAGAAAAUAUAGGAUUAUAAGGAUAGUACACGGCUCUAGCAAAUGAGAAAUAACAAAAAAACGAAAAAAAAAUAAAAACAAACUACCACCUCGGUAGUUAUCGAACCUUGGUGGACGCCCUGUUAUAUCAGGCAAACAACCACUGUUCUACAGUGCAUGCUUGUCUAAGUUUUCAUUGAAUAUUGGCUUAAUAAAUGUUGGGCUUUUUUCCCUGGGGCCCAGGGCGGCGGCCCCUUAUGCCCUGCCCCAGGGCCGGCUCUGCAUGUAACUUGAAUCAAUGGGCAAUGGACUUCGAGUGCAAUAUGAAGAACAUCAAGGAAUCAAUUUGUAGGGCUAAAGAUGCCGGCGCUGCCAUUCGAUUAGGCCUCGAGCUCGAAAUCACCGGUUAUGGCUGCGAGGAUCACUUCUUGGAGCUUGAUACUAUCACUCAUGCAUGGGAGUGUUUGAAGGAAAUAUUGAUCGGAGAUUGGACGGAUGGUAUACUAUGUAGCUUCGGAAUGCCUAUAAUUAGAGAAUCGAAGCGUUACAAUUGCCAAGUUAUAUGUAUGAAUAGAAAGAUUAUGAUGAUACGUCCGAAAAUGUGGCUUGCUAAUGAUGGUAAUUACAGAGAGCUCCGUUGGUUUACUGCAUGGAAGCAAAAACACCAGAUGGUGGACUUUCAGCUACCUACUGCUAUUGCAGACGCCAUAUCUCAAUACACAGUGCCCUUUGGUUAUGGAUUCAUUCAGUUCUUGGACACAGUUGUAGCUGCUGAAAUAUGCGAGGAGCUGUUUUCUCCGGUUCCACCUCAUGCCGAGCUCGCAUUGAAUGGUGUUGAAGUGUUUAUGAAUUCAAGCGGAAGUCACCAUCAACUAAGAAAGCUCGAUCUUCGUAUGCGUGGUUUUAUUGGUGCUACCCUUAAUCGUGGUGGACUUUACAUGUAUAGUAACCACCAGGGCUGUGAUGGCGGACGCUUAUACUACGAUGGAUGUUGUUGUAUUGUUGUGAAUGGAGAUGUGGUUGCGCAAGGCUCCCAAUUUUCACUGAAGGAUGUGGAGGUUGUUGUUGCUCAAGUGGACCUUGAUGUUGUUGCAAGUCUUAGGGGUUCUUUGAGUAGCUUUCAAGAGCAAGCGGGUAGUAAAACAAGUGUGCCAUCUAUACGAGCACCUUACAAGCUUUGUCGAUCAUUUCACUUGGAGGAACCUAUUUCCCGCCCGAUUAAGAUUAGGUACCAUGAACCUGAAGAAGAAAUAGGUUUCGGACCUGCUUGUUGGCUAUGGGACUACUUAAGAAGAAGUGUAGCUUCUGGUUUACUGCUUCCCCUCUCUGGUGGUGCUGAUAGCUCAUGCGUUGCUGCAAUUGUUGGCUGCAUGUGUCAGCUUGUUGUCAAAGAAAUUUAUAAAGGAGAUGAACGAGUGAAAGCUGAUGCAAUAAGGAUUGGGCAAUAUCUUGAUGGUGAAUUCCCUACUGACAGCAAGGAGUUCGCCAAGCGUAUUUUUUACACCGUCUACAUGGGAACUGAAAAUAACUCUGUAGCCUCAAGAUCACGCGCCAAAGUGCUUGCAGAGGAGGUUGGGUCUUGGCAUCUUGAUGUAUGCAUAGAUGAUAUUAUUUCAUCCGUACUCACUUGGUUUCAGGCACUAACAGGAAAAUUCCCUCGUUUUAAGGUGGAUGGAGGUUCAAAUGCUGAGAACUUAGGGUUGCAGAACAUUCAAGCUCGUCUUAGAAUGGUAUUGGCCUUUAUGUUGGCUUCACUUAUGCCUUGGGUUCAUAAAAGAUCAGGGUUUUACCUCGUCCUUAGUAGCACCAAUGUUGAUGAGGCAUUACGCGGUAACUUAACAAAGCAUGAUUGUAGCUCAGCAGACAUAAAUCCUAUUGGAAGUAUAAGUAAGAUAGAUCUUCGAGCAUUUUUGCGUUGGGCUGCCAUCCAUCUUGGCUACUCUUCCUUGACAGAGGUUGAAGUUGCACCCCCAACUGCUGAACUAGAACCAAUACGCUCUAAUUAUACCCAGCGAGAUGAAACCGACAUUGGAAUGACAUAUGAGGAGCUCUCAGUAUAUGGAAGACUGCGUAAAAUUUUCCGUUGUGGUCCGGUAUCCAUGUUCAAGAAUCUUUGCUUCGAAUGGGGCUCAAGAUUGACACCAUCAGAAGUUGGUGAAAAGGUGAAGUUCUUCUUCAAGCACUACUCCAUCAAUCGACACAAGAUGACCGUACUUACGCCUUCAUAUCAUGCAGAGAGCUACUCACCAGAGGACAACAGGUUUGAUAUGCGACAGUUCUUGUACAACUCAACAUGGCCAUUUCAAUUUCGCAAAAUUGAUGAGCUAGUGAAGAAGAUGAAUGGUAACAAAAUGCUCCUAGCGGAAUCAGAUGACAAAGAUAAACCAGGACUCGUGUCAGAUCAUGUUGGUGGCAUGAUUAUUGGAUCGGGAAAUUGUAACGGCAUACAACACAAGUUCUUUCCCAAAUGAAGAGGCAUGACUCAAAGAAAUCUAGGACCAACAUGCUCACAAAUUUGCUACCAUAUGCAAAUAGCAGAAUUUUCAUGUUUUGUUAUCUUUUUUCUGUAUUGAACUUCGGUUAAAAAAAAAUUAAGUGUACACACACAACUUCAUAUUGCAUUGUUAUAUUUGUGACGUAUUGAUAUUCACUUUCA